AUGUCUUCGGCCCUGGCUAUGUUUAGGAAAGCUCCUAGUCAUGGUGACAUUAGGAAAUCAGCACAGAAAGUCUCUGACCCGAAAAAAGACACUCCGACACGACUGAAGCAUCUUCGUCAGGUGCUCGAAAAUUAUGAAGUUCCCGAUGCCAAGUCUUUCUUUGUAGCCAACUAUUCCCAUAUUUACUUUAUCUUCAACGAUAACUUUGCCACAGUUGAAGCAGAUUUAAAACAGAGAGCUAACAAGGCACAUAGAGAAGAACUAGACAGCAUUCUUCAAAUAUUUGAGAAAAUUCUACUGCUGUUGCCCGAGUUGGUUCAUAAAAGAUGGAUGUUUCACAGUAUAGGUCGUAUUAUGAAAAAAUUACUUCAUCCAAGCAAUGGUUUGAAGACAAGAAAAGAUGGUAUGAGAUUGUUUAUAAUAUGGUAUCAGAUAUUACAAGGGAAUGCAUCAGAGGAAUGCCACCGUAUUUUUCUACAGCUGGUGCCAGGUUUGGGUGACGGAGUUCAGCAAGAGCUGCUUAGCAGUAGUCGUAACAGCACCUCAGAACCCACUGACUGGCCAGACUGUGGUGGGUUGAUAGCUGCUGGAGAAAUCACACCAAUCUUACCAGCUAGCGGAGAAAAGUUGCCUGAUAAUAUCACCAAGCACUUCUUUGACUGUCUUCUUCAUGACAUGGUAUCAGAGAUUUCUAAAGUGGUAUGGCUUAAUAAAGAGAUGCAGGAGGCUAGUUUCAUUUUCUUAUUUGACAAAUUUAAAACCACCUAUCUGACAUGGCUACUCCCUGACUUCGACAGAAGUAGCAGUAUCUAUGAUCCGGUCUUGGAAAUGCCAGAGAAACGUAAGAUGCAGGACAUGAAGAGUAAGGAUCUACCAGUCAAUGUUGCUGAAUGUCGUUACUCCUAUAUCAAGUGGCUGGCAUUAUUCCUUGUUGUCUCCAAUAAGCCUGAACAGCAGACUGAUAAUGAUGUUGGCUGUACUGUUGGGGAGUCUGUUGUGGCAGAAGAUGAUCAAAAGGACAUGGUUGACCACAAAGUGACCACUGGCGAACACAUGCCAGGCAGUAAUGCAAGUACACUGUCGACAGUGUCACACAGUUCUGAACAAGACUCGGCCAACUCCAGUCUCUGUUAUGAGGAUGUUGAUAAUGACAACAGUAUAGUGCGGACAGUUCUCUUUUCUACGCGGGAAAAUGUCAACAUUGUACACGAGUCAUUUAGACAGGCCUUGCUCUUUUCCUUUCAACAUGCGAAAGCAAUUAAGACUGUAAUUGGUGUUUACAAGGACUGGUUUCAGCAUGCAGAUCAAAAGCCUAUCUUCAUGCAGGAACCAUGUGAGAACGGGACGGUGCCGAGUCAGCGAGACACGCCCGAAUUUCAUCACAGUCUCUCUGAUAUCAUGGAGGAGGAAGGUUCAUCUGAUGAAUCAGUCCCCUAUACAGGGAUUCGUCAGCUCAUCACCCUGGAUACUACACAGGACAAGUCCAAGAUCCGGAAUGCGUCCUAUUUAGGGGCAAUCCAGGAUCUGGCAGAUGGUGGUGACCACAGUCAGUAUGAUAUCCGUGCUGGUAUACAGAAGGUUUUGCAGGUGUUCAUCACGAAUGCUGCCAAUAUCUUCUUGUUACAGACUGAUGAUGAAAACAUGCUUACAGAACAGGUGGAUCUCUGUAAGAGGGUUUUAAAUAUCUACAGGUUUUUGGUUAUGAAUAUUAAAAUGGAACAGAAAACCUGGGAGAAGAUGCUACAGGUGUUACUAUGUGUCACAUCAGGUGUACUACACCAAAUUCCCAUUGACAUGAAAUGGAAAUUUCUUGGUGGUCGCAUGGCACAGAUUAUAUUUCAGACGUUGAUCGUCACUUGGAUCAAAGCGAAUCUCAAUGUGUUUGUAUCAACGGAGCUAUGGGACGAGUUUCUCCAGGUGUUGUCUUCCCUGACUUCCUGGCCGGAGCUUAUCCAGGAAUGGGCGAAAACUAUGGCAAUACUGACCCGAGUACUGGCACGUCAAGUGUACAACCUUGAUCUCCAUGACCUGCCUCUACAGAGGCUCAGUGAGCAGAAAGCCAAGAGGAAGAGGGGCCGAAGUCAAGAUAUUCCCAAGACAAAGAACACAGAUAAAAGUUUCUCUAAGAGCUGGAGUAAGAAUGAGCCACAGGGAGCAACUGUGGAUAAGUCAUCUUCUGUUACUCUUGGUGGAUUUGAGCGUGGCAAAUAUAAGAGUGAUGGAGCAGGUGGAGGACGUGCACGCCCUGAUCUGAGCAAACAGCGGUCAUUGAGUGGAGAACCAUCACCCUCUCAUUCCCGUACUCCCUCUAACGCAUCUGAUACAGUGCUUUAUACACGUAGCAGUAGUGAUGGCAACCUUGCUGAAGCCAGUGAACUUGUGGAGCGACUCAAAGGUUUUGAUAUAGAUAGUGUUGCUAACAAGAAAGGGCUGGAUGGCUACCCAGCAUGUAACAUAACCAUAUCAGUAUCUGCCUAUAAGAUAUCUGAUAGCGUAGGGGCUGCCACACCAGAGGAUCAGGAGGUUGCAGAGAUCACUUUAGCCUCUAGUCUGCCCAGUGCCCAUGACAUGGAAUAUAAUGUAGAAAGUGCAAGUCUGGAUAGAUCUGAUGACACAGCAUUCAGAUUUUCUCGAACACCAUCUCCAUUGUCUCUUCACUCCAAGUCACGAUCACCCUCCCCCUGUAGUGAGCUUACUGUGGAAGGGGUCAACAAUCACAAAGACUGCCCCACCCCUGACCGCGACAGUCUCCACAUAGAAAUAGUGGCCACCGAGGAAAUCCCUAUAGGCAAAGAGUCAAUGGAGGAUAUGAAGAGUGUACUGGCAGGUGGGGCUGUGAUUGGGUGGACGCCAGAUGUGGCUGUUGUCAUGUGGAGGAGGAUGCUGGGAUCCCUGGGCAACAUAAACCAGAUAGAGGAUGGUGAAAACCAUGCCAUUGUCUAUGAGGAGCUCAGCUUCUUACUGGAAACUCUAUAUAAGAUGCGGGAUAACCUUGGAGUAACAGUGGACAAUAUGAACUCCCCAUCUCCACCAGAACUUCUCCCACCUAUACAUCUGUAUGCACCCUGGCUGUUUGAGUGUCUGACCCUGUCCAACAAGUACAAACGUGGCAAGUUGUUGGCAUACCAGCUCAUGUGUCAGAUGGUGGU